CUUUGCUUAAAAGGAUAAUAACCCCCCCUCCUCCAUUCCCCCCAUCACUGCUUUCACUUUUUAAUACUAAUAAUUAAUAAGAACAACUCCCAUCUCUUCGUCCUCUUUAUUUCAAAGGAUAAAUACACCCCUCCUCCCCGUCUCUCCUCCUCCUCUUUUUAAAGCAUAACCCUCUUUUCCUCCACUUUUUAUUAAAUAUAAAGCAUAAUACUGUACCAACUACCUCCUCUUUUCCUACAGAAUAACCUUAACUUCUCCUUCUCUUUCCCUCCUCUCUUUAAAACAUCACUCUUUUCCCCCCAAAGAAUAACCCGAACCCCCUUCUUCUUUUAAAAAGGGCACUUCUUUUUGCGAAGGACAACCCCAACUCCCUCCCCUCGCCCUCCUCUUUGUAAAAUCAUAGCAGCACCUCUUUUUUGGGAUAAAGAGUAACCCUAACUGCUUCCUCCUCUCCAUUUGAAUCACUCUUUUUUUCCUAGAGGAUAAGAACCCCAGCCCUCUCCUUUUUCUUCCCUCCUCUUCUUAAAAUUAGAAGAGCAACUCUUUCUAUAAAGAAGAGCCUGAACUUCAUCUUCUUUUACAAAUAGGAGUAACACCUCUUUUUAAAAGAAAGAAUAACUCUAACCCUUUCCAUAAUAAUACUAAUAAUAACACUUCUUUUCUAAAGAAGGACCUAACCCCCCUUCUCUCUCUUUCUCCUCCCUGUAACUCUUUCCCUCAAGAGGAACCCUAACCCUCUCUCUCCCCCUUGAACCUCUCUCUGGGGGCCUGGAGGGCUGGAGGGGGCUCCCGGCUUCUCCUGCUGCUGCUUCUCUCCUCGGGGCUCCGUCUGAUGUGACCAUGGCCGCCCUCCCGGCUCCUCUCCAGCUGGCGGUGCCCCCUCCGCCGCCCCUCUCCGUCUCGGUCUCCGCUGCCACCUCCAGCGCCACCACCGCCACCCCCUCCGCCUCCUCCGCUGCCUCCUCUUCCUCGGCUUCUCCUCCUCCUCCGCCGCCGCCUCAGCCCCCGACGGGCCCCGCUGCAACCGCCGCUUUCCGCCCGGAGCCUUUAUCCGCCUCCAGCAACGGCGGGGAGAGCCCCGCAGCCCUGGGAUCCGUGGCCCCUACUCCUCCGCCUCCUCCUCCUCCUCCGCCUCCUCCUCCUCCUCCUGCUCCCGGGAAGCCGGUCUACUCGACGCCGUCCCCGGUGGAGAACACCCCGCAGAACAACGAGUGCAAGAUGGUGGAGCUGCGGGGGGCCAAGGUGGCCUCCUUCACGGUGGAGGGCGCCGAGCUGAUCUGCCUGCCGCAGGCCUUCGACCUCUUCCUGAAGCACCUGGUGGGCGGCCUCCACACCGUCUACACCAAGCUCAAGCGCCUCGAGAUCACCCCCGUCGUCUGCAACGUGGAGCAGGUCCGCAUCCUCCGCGGCCUCGGCGCCAUCCAGCCCGGCGUCAACCGAUGCAAGCUCAUCUCCCGCAGGGACUUCGAGACCCUCUACAACGACUGCACCAACGCCAGGUAGGAAGGAGGACGGGGCACCCCAAAGGCCAUCCAGACCAGCCUCCUCCUGCCCUGCAGGAACUCACACUCGAACCACCCCCCCUCUGACAGCCCAAGCCUU